GCUUUGAUUGUUUGGCUUGAGGGCUUGUGGGUUACGACGAGGAUUUGGCCAUCGUCGUUGGAAGGUUAGCUGAGUUUCCUGAGGAACUUCUCUUUCCACUACAUGGUUGCUGUUGGGCUGGCACCCAAUCUUCCCGGAGCCGCACUAUCUUGCUGGAGCGUUUUCUUUCUGUCGCACCGCGUACUCAUUCAUUCGGGUUCGGGAGAAUUCAAGGCAAUUUUGGGAGGUUGUGGAGGUUGCGGAUUCUAGAGGCACUGUGGCUUUGCAUUGAUUUUUCUGAGAAUUUUCAUUCCCAGGCCAAAUUCGGGCACCUUCUGUCUUGUAGAUUCUGUGGGCUUUGAGGUUCUAGAGCAGCUUUUGAGAUUUCGAAGAUUGGCAAUUAACGCUCCGUGGGUUUGGAUUGAGUGAAUGCUGAGGUUUUUCAAGAAGGUGGGAAUUACAGUGGAUUGCUAGUAUGUGGGCGGUUGGAGCCGCAGUGGCUGCACCACUUCGUGUGUGCACUCUCCCUUCUUCCUCGCCUGCGCAAGUGGUAUGUGGAAUCAACUCUCAUAAUGCCUCACGAUGCCUCACCACCCAGGCUGUGGCGCAGCAGCCACGCGGAUGCAGCACUUUCCACAGGAUUGUGAAAGCCUUGGAUACAGGGCGUCAGAACAAGCAGAGAUUGAACAAUUCCAGCUCCUUUGCUUGCCGGUGUUCUGCCUCAGGGGGUUUAGAGGACACGAGCAACUCGCUACGGGAGAAUGACCAUGCAAACGGCGGAGUCGCUGCACCUUCGUCAGUGUGGGAUAUCCCUUCUCAACACAAGCACAUGCAGGAGUCAGAGCACGAGAGUGAUUGGGAGAGAUGGCAGAAAGUUUUUGCUGAGGUUGAAACUUCUGAAAGUCUGGCCACUACUCUCAAGUCCCAAUUGGAGAAGGCUGUUGAGCAAGAGAAUUUCCAAGCUGCCGCAAAAUGUAAGGUUGCACUCGACGCUGUGACACAGAAAGAUGUUGUAGCAGAGGUUAUGAACGGCUUGAAGAAAGCUUUGGCUGAGGAACGCUACGACAAUGCUACAUUAUUUAGGGACAAAGCGGGUGCUGGCCUGGUGGGAUGGUGGGUCGGUCUUGCGGAAGGAGGAAACGACCCCUAUGGUCGUAUUAUUAACAUUUAUGCUGCUCAUGGAAGACUUGUUGCUAAAGGCUACAGUGCUAGGCAAUUGGCUACUGCUGCAGCUGGUGUUCCGUUGUUUGAGAUUUUUAUUACAAAGGAAGGAGAGAGAGACUACGGGCUGCAGGCUGUGUACUUGCAACGAGAUACAGCAGUGACAUCCGAACCCUCAUCCGGCUUUUCAAAAGCUGCGGAUGGAAAUGUAGUGGAUGUUGAGAACGCAGCCAGAGAUGAAGAUGCUAGUGAUACUACGCAAGGAUUGUCAGAAGACAUUUCAGAGAUUGGAAAGGGAAAGACUGAUGAUAGCGCAAUGUCAGAUGAGCCUUUGAGUAGAAUUGUGAGUUUUUUGAAGGAUCGCAUGCCAGACGUGAAGCUGAAGGUGUUUAAGGUUAUUGCACCAGAAGGUGCGGAGAAGGAUAUACCCAAGAUAGUGGAGCAGUUGAUGGGGCAAGAGGAUUCUAUCAGCAGUAAGCAACAGGAUCUUCCAGAGGCUAGCACCAACAAUACUAAUAGUAAUAACACUUCUGAGAAGAAGGGAUUAAGUAGCAAAUUUCCUCUUGAUGGGAAGAUUCCAGUAGGAGGCAUUGGGGAAGUUGAGAAGGAAACGCCCAUUAGGUUAGUAGUAGGGGGAAUUUUACAGAAUAACGUGGAUUCAGAACCCCCCAAGCUUCCUGUUCGGGUCCCUGCUAGAAUCGAACGUCAAGGGCGAAAUAGUUUUACGUUCCACAUUGAAGAUUCAGGUGGUACACCAGCCGGAGCUGCUCCAACUAAAGAGUCGACACCAUCAUGGAAAGUGGCGACCAUUGCAACCCAAGCUUCAGCUGAUCUGAUGCCGGAUGAUGUUGCGAAAGUUCUUUGGAACGUUGAGAAGGUGCCCGUGAAGGUCUCGAAGGAGAUGGGAGAGAUCAUCAAACUGGCUGUUAGCCAAGCUCAAAGGCGACGUGGCUUGUUUCCCAGCACUAAUUUCCGUCGAAUCAAUGUGUCCGACAGCAGCACUGAUCCACUUUGUGGACUAUAUAUUGGCGCUUUUGGACCUUAUACCUCGGAGGUAGUGCAAUUGCAACGAAAAUAUGGUCAUUGGGAAACUGGUGAUUCUGGCUCGAGUGGCCAGAACCUGGAGUUCUUUGAAUAUGUAGAGGCUGUGAAGUUGACGGGCGACUUGAACGUUCCUGCUGGCCAGGUGACUUUCAGGGCCAGAACAGGACGAGAAAGCCGACUCUCUCACCGUGGAGCUUAUCCCGAGGAACUUGGAGUGGUAACAAGGUAUAAAGGGCAAGGGAGGUUGGCUGAGCCUGGCUUUCGUAACCCCCAAUGGAUAGACGGUGAACUCGUGCUUCUAGAUGGAAAGGGCGGAGGUCAUACAAAUGGAGCGGCACUCGGCUUUGUGUACUCUGUUCCUGAGCGUCAUUUUCUUGUGCUUUUCAAAAGGUUGAAUCUUAGUCUGGAUUAGGUCCUUGACUUGAUUAUAUUCGCCACUCGUCAGUAGGAUUAUGUAGAGCGGAAACCAAUCGAUGGUCACAGUUGUGAACCACUACACUGAAGACACCAGGUGGGGUGGGGUUUAUAGUUCAUAUAGAAUAUAUCCCUUGUGGAUGGCAUGCAUUGAGUGAUGGGUAUUGUGUGCGGAGCCCUUGUUAUCACUGUACUCCACAGUAUCUGGUGUAAUUGGUGUACUGAAGUAAUUUUGUAGAGUAUGGUUGAGGUCUCCAACAUUUGCCAGACCAAGAAAGUUUUCCAAGUCUUGAAUCUGUAUAUCUUCAUAUUUAGUGAAGUUAGUUACACUGUUCUUUUUCCAGACUCAA